AUGUUUGCCCGUUUAUCUUCAGUACCGAGAUCAUGCCCGCGAAUUAUUCUUCCGGCGAGUUUCAACCGCCAUGUUCCGCGAUUAACUCUAACAGCCAGGUCAUAUGCGCAGAAAAACUCAAUCAAGAAGAAGAGGCCUAAUGAGGAGCCCAAGGAUCUUAAAUCUGAGAUACCUAACUACAUUUCGGUCAGUGACCUCGCCAAUAUGAUAAAUCUAAAGAUCGAAAAGCUAACAAGAGACUUGACCAAAAUGGGAUUUGCGAAUGUCACUCACAACUACAUCUUGUCGAAGGAAUAUGUCGAGUUGAUACUGAUGAACUACAACUACCAACUUGGAGACCAUGCCCUCGCAGUCACUCCAGAAAACGUGUACGACGAGUUGAGGUCUCCGGUUAAUCCCAAAAAUUUGGCAAGGAGACCGCCCAUAGUAACUAUCAUGGGUCAUGUCGACCACGGAAAAACCACGAUUUUGGAUUACUUGCGAAAAACGUCCAUUGUUUCUCAGGAGCACGGCGGUAUCACACAACAUAUCGGUGCUUUCCAAGUGGAGACUCCAGUUUCGAAAAGAAAAAUCACAUUUCUUGACACACCGGGCCAUGCUGCGUUUCUAAAGAUGCGCGAAAGAGGUGCCAACGUAACCGACAUAGUCGUCCUUGUUGUUUCUAUGGACGACUCUUUGAUGCCACAGACUCUAGAGGCUUUGAAACAUGCGAGAAAGGCAGGAAGCCAAAUGAUAGUUGCCAUCACAAAAAUCGAUCGAAUUUCAAACGUCAAAGAACGAGAGAAAGCUAUUGAAAAAGUGAGCAUCGAUUUGAUGAAUAAUGAGGUUCCUAUAGAAAGAAUGGGUGGAGAUGUACAAGUUGUUACGAUCAGCGCGCGUACGGGAGAAAACAUGAAUCUUUUAGAAGAAAGUAUUGUCGCGCUAAGUGACAUAAUGGAUCUGAAGGCCGAGAGGGGUAGCAAUGCUGUAGCAGAAGGCUUUGUGAUCGAGAGUGAGGUAAAAAAGUCUGUCGGAAACGUCAGCACCGUUCUAAUCACAAAGGGUUUGCUGCGCAAAGGAUCAAUUUUGAUAUGCGGAAAUACUUAUUGCAAGGUGAGAUCUAUGUCAAGUGAACAGAGAGUGAGUUUAGCUGAAGCGGGUCCGAGCACCCCUGUUGAGAUCACUGGCUGGAAGAAUCUCCCGGCCGCGGGCGAUGAGGUCAUUCAAGUUAAGAGCGAGGCUAUCGCCAAAAAAUACGUGGCUAAGAAGAUGGCUGUAAUACAAACUGCUAAGGAGUCAAAAAAUGUUGAAAGGAUAAACGAACAAAGAGCUUCGGAAGCUCUUCUGAAGGCGAAAAAAGAUAAUUUAAAGGGUGAAGAAGUCGAAGAGCUUGAAGAAAAACAGCUUAACAGCGGUCCGGAAAAAAUAAAUUUUAUUGUGAAAGCUGAUGUAUCAGGGUCAGUAGAGGCCAUUGUGGAAAGCAUAUCAUCUUUAGGGAACGAAGAGGUACAAUGUAAUAUCAUCUCGGCCUCUGCAGGAAUGCCCAAUGAGAGUGAUAUGAAAUUAGCACGUAUAACAGGUAGCAAAAUUCUGUGCUUUAACUUAGGAUCACUUCCUAAUGAUGUCAUCAAUAACAAAGAAAGGAUAGAGGUGGAGCAGUUCAACGUCAUAUACAAACUAAUAGAGGGUGUCACAGAAACCCUCACAAACAAAUUGAAGCCCAUCUACGAAACCAAGCAAAUUGCUCAAGUUGAGAUUCGGGACAUCUUCAAUUUUAGCGUCAAGAAAAAACUUAUCAAGAUUGCAGGGUGCAGGGUACUCAACGGGCUCCUGACGAGAGGUUCAAUGGUCAAAAUAAUGAGAGGUCCAGAAGAACAAACUGUAUAUGACGGCCGCAUUGCAAGUUUAAAACAGGGCAAAGAGGAUGUUCCAUCGGUUAAAAAGAACAGUGAAUGUGGUAUCACGUUCGAAAAUAAUUUUGAGGGUUACGAGGCGGGCGAUAAAUUGGUAACCUACGAAAAGGUCAAAGUUCCAAGGUAUCUGUAG